AUGAUUUAACAGUAAAAAAAAAAAAAAAAUAUAAAUAACCAAUAUUUUAAUUAUUAGGACAUAAAUAAGGGAUAAAAUUUUUACAAUUUUCUCCAAAUACAAAUAAAUAUUUAGUAUCAAUAGGUGAAAGUGAAGACAAUGGUUUUUUUGUGUGGGAUUGGUAGAAAAAGUAAAGAAUAACUUUAAAUAAAUUAUCAAAAAUACCUUAUUCGUUAUGUUUUUCACAUGAUGGUGCCCAAAUAGUAACUUGUGGAGAAAAAUACUUAAAGUUUUGGCCUUUUUAGGAAAACGGAGAAAUAAUAAAAUCAAAAGUAUAAGAAAAAGAAGAUGCAUAUAUUUUAGAAGGAAAAAGUGCAUCUUUAGGUUAAAAAUUUAGCGAUAAAACAUUCAUAGAUUGCGUAUUUGAUAAAAAUAAUAAAUAAUUAUAUGUUGUUACUACUGUUGGAUAAUUAUGUAUUUUCGAUGAAAAUAGAAUUUUGGAAAAAUGGAUGGAUUUAAAAGUCAGUUCAAUUUUUUCUAUUACUUUAUUACUUGACUAACCUAAUAUAGUUAAAAAAAAAAAAUAUAAAUUAACAUUAAUAUUUUUUAUAAAUAAUAAAAAAGGAUUAUAUAAUAUGUUCAUGUUCUGAUGGUUUAAUUCGUAUUUUUUAAACGAUAACACUUGAUCAUAUAACUACUUUACCAAAACCUCCUGGUUUAUUAAAUUAUAAUGUGGAAAAAGGAGCUAAUAAAAUAAAGAAUAUUUCCGAUCCAAAAUAAUAUGCGGAUUGUAUUGCUAUUUAAUGCUCGAAAUUAAAUUAUUUUAUGUGUUCUAUUUAUAGUGAUUUAACUGUUUUUAUUUGGGAACUUAAAUAAAUGGAUAAAGUUAAUGUCAAAAGAUCUUUUUUGAACCAUUCCUAAAGUAUUAAUUAAGUUUCCAUUCUUAAUUAAAUUUCUAGCUAAGAAGUAACCUUUUAUUAAACUAUUUCACAAGAUAGUACUGUUAGAGUUUGGCAUUUGAUUAGUGAUGAAACUUAAAAAAAUGCUUAUUCUAAACAUUUAUCUAAAAUUUUAUAUUUUACGGAUGAUUAUACUACUUACAAAAUUAAUAAAAUAUCCCAAAUAUAAAAUUCACAAAAAAACAUUGUUUGUUCUAAAAGUACUGAUUAAGAAAUUAUUUUGUGUAAUGAAAAAGGACAAGCCUAAUUUGUUAAAUUUGAAAACUUUUAAACUUACAAAAUUCUUUAGUUACAUAAUUCUAAAAUUUUUUGUAUUGAUAUUAUAUAAUUCUAAAAUUAUAACUUCUUAUGUACAGCUAGUGAAGAUUAUAUUAUUAUUUAUGAUUUUAUUAAAGAAGAAGUAAUUGAGUAAAUUGAUGAAGAAAACGUAAUAAAUGUAAAAUUCUUUUUAAUCAAUGAAAAUAUAUAUUUAAUCUAUUUGACUUCCUAAAAUAUAUUUUUCAGAAAAUUCUAAAAUAUAUAAUUUAUAAUAAUUAACUAAAUUAGCGGAGAGAACUUUAAAUGCAUUGACUCUAAUUCUCAUUUCUAAUAAUUUUAUGUGGCUUUAGAAAAUAAAAUAAAUUAUUAUGAUGUAGAUAAAGCAGAAUUAAUAAAAUCUUUUGAUUUUAAGGAUGAAGAUAAUAUAAUGUGGAGAUUAAAUAACUUCAAUGGCCUUUAAUAUAAAUAAUACUCAUUUAAUAACAGUUUCGAAUUUAGGAAUAAUUUAUAUUUGGAAAUUAACGUAAGAUUUAAGAAAUAACAUAUAAAGGAAAAUAAAAUAAUUAGGUGUAAUACGUAAGCGUCUAAAAGAUUUUGUAAAUGAAAUAAAUUAAUAAGAAUCUACAAAUAAGUAAGGAAAUGCAACAACUUCUAUUUUAGGUUCUUUAUGGAUAGAAGAAGAAUUAAAAGCUUAUUUGGUAAAACAACCAGAAACAGAAGAAGAAAGUGCUAUAAGGAAUGUAAAUUUGACAGACUUAGUAAAAAACACUAACCUACCUAAAUGGGCCUAGACG